GAACGAGCAGAUGAACCCUCAGUCGAGCCAACUAUCGAGUCAACUGUCGAACACGCAAUCGAUCCAGCAGUCGAACCGUCCAUCGAACCAGCAACCGAGCCUACAGUUGAACAUGCGAUCGAGUCCAAAUUCCAGCCUGAAGUUGAGUCGACCAUCGAACCAAUUACUAAGCCUCUGAUUGAGCCUGCGUUGGAGCCUACUGUCGAAUCUGCGUUUGAACCCACAAUCGAGCCUACAAUCGAGCCUGCAGUCGAACAUCCAGCUGAACCUGCAACCAAUCCCCCAGUUGAAUUCGUACACGCACCAUCGGUCGAACACGUAGAGCCUAUUGUUGAGCCAGUAAGCGAAUUGGUCGAAAAUGUCUCAGAACCAGCGGUAGAGUCAACCAUCGAAUCAGUAGGCAAACAAGCGGUUGAGCGUGCAGUCGAAUCACCAGUCGAGUCGACUGUCGAACCAACUACCGAGAUUGUGACGGAGUCUGUGUUCGAGCCCACAAAUGAGCCAACAACUGCACCUACAAUCGAGC